UUUGUCAUUCGAAUGAUCCGAGGGACAAAAGGACUUGAAAUAUGAAUCUGAGGAUAUAGAGAGCAGGUAUCCGUGAAUCUACGUGAAUGCCUAGUCACGUGUAUGUACAUAUUAUGCAGGGGGUGAACGAAAGAAGGUGAUAUUAUGGUAGGGCUGAGGAUAUGCGUGGUGCUGAGGCUCUUCGCCCUGAUUGCUGGAGUCGUGGGAGUCCUUCCGGAUGACUUCGACGUUGGAAGCCCCACGAGUUUCGAACAGGAUUGCAUCGCGUGGUGUCGUGAUCUCGACGUCAACCAGAGUCGAACUGACGAGGUCAACUCCGAAGUCGGAUGUGGUGCCAGUUGCAGAUUGGACCAGUGUACGAUAGGGUGCGCGGCGUGGGAAUCAGCGCUGGAAACUAACUGUCAGGCUGUUUGCAAUGUAACGCAAGAACUAUUACCACCUAAACAACUUUACUGCGUAUUGGGAUGUCAAGAUGCUGUGAACAGAUACUUUCAGCAGCUUAAAGAGGAAAUAGGCACUCCGCCUGCUCCGGCACUAGUCGCUGACAGUCUUACAGCCACCUCCCUGCGAUUAGAAUGGAAGGGCAUCGACUUGGCCAAACGAGGUGCGAAAUUAUCUUACGUCGUCCAAUGGAUGUACGAGGAGCUUGCAGAAUCUUGGCAAUACUGCAGAAACGAAUCGUGGGAAAAAGACAAUCAGAUUCUAGUAAAAAAUUUGCAGCCUUACACAAAGUACAGGUUUCGCGUCGCGGUGAUCCUCAAAUCAACUCAGCACUCCAGAGAAUCAAUUGCUUCGGCUCCUAGUGUUCCAAUAUUGACUAAACCCGAGGGUUUUCCAUUGUCACCACCGGUAAUUGUUAGGGCGGCAGCGGUAGAUUGCUGCCGCGUGUCCGUGUCUUGGGAACCGGGACCGUUUCCAAACGGCCCACUUUUGUCCUAUGUCCUGCGGCUGCAAGGGGGCAAUUAUUCCACGCUUAAGGAUAUUUCAGCGGUUGAAAAUGUGACCGAUCAUUACAUGUUUCAAAAUUUAACGCCAAAUCAAAACUAUUCUGUGAGUAUGACGAUGAGGAAUAGCGAAGGGGAGGGACCUCCUGCCGUAAUAUACAUUUCAACAACGCCUGAGCCAGCUGUCACAGAUAUGCAACUACCGAUUCUGAUUCUUGGAGGAGAACACCAAGUGGAGAAGCAGGUCGCCGACUUGUUAGAAAAUCCAGUCUUGAUCUAUGAAACGGCUUACAAAAUUUGCGGGGUUGCGAUACACGUUGCCUCAAGACAAGUAUUCGUAUCAGACUCGGGUGGCUACGUUUAUCGAACCUCGGUUGACGAAAGAACGAAACCUAUUGUCGUGCUGAGUCCGGACCAAGUUAACUUCAAGCCACUGAGUUUAUCCGUUGAUUGGCUGAACCUGCAUCUGUACGUCUUGGGCGAAGUCAAACACACAACGACCGUCUGGCAAAUAGCUCGUUGCAACCUGGACGGACAGGGACUGACUGUUGCUGUUGCGGCAUUUUUGUCCAAGCCUUCGCACAUCGAGGUUGAUCCGUACAACGGGUACUUGUUUUGGGUCAGCAAGGAUGGAUUAUCUCGUUUGGAUUUAGCCGAUAUUAGCAACGGUGUGAAGCACGAGACACAGCCAGACCUUAUUCUCGAAGAUUCGCAUCUGGAGGCCUUUAUGGUCGAUCACAGAAAUUUUCGUCUGCUGAUACCACAUCCUGUGCAAAAUACGGUUUUAUCGGUUACUUUGGAUGGUAGAGAAGUCUCGAAUCUCCGAGCGAAUACUCAGCAGCCCCAAUUUCAGAACGUAGUUUCUCUGGCUAUGGCCAACGGUUUGUUUUAUUGGGCAAACGGAAGAGAUAUACUAACGGAAGACUAUCAUCCAGGCCAAAACAGAUAUUUCCAUAACUCGUAUCCCUACAAGUCUUGCUACAGCGUAAAUGUGCUGAUGGACGCCAGUCAACCUGCUCCAGUUCCUGUCAAUCCACCGACCGGUGUUCAAGCCGUUCUUGGGGCCGAAAUGGCAAAGGUUUCUUGGAGAGCGCCGUAUCUGCUCGGAGGACAGGGCAAGGGAGCUUGGCAAAACUGGUCCUACGAAUUAGAAAUCAAAGAUGAAAUAACCGGGAAAGCUGUCCACCAAAAAGGAAUCCGUUUAUUGUCUCACACUGUUCAUAGAUUGAGAGAGAGAUCCAAGUAUUCGAUAAAAGCUGCAGCAUAUACCAGCGCUGGCCGAGGUCCCUGGUCUACAGAAUUUCGAGGACGAACGUUGAGAGAUCCUAGAGGCGAGCCCUACGCUUCUAUAUUGUGGUCCGCAACUGAAGGAUUAUUAAGGAGUGACGUGACCGGGGAAAACGUGGAGACUUUGAUACACAGGGCAAGCUGGAAGGACUCUGAAAUGCAGUAUCACAUUGUCGACGUUGCGUGGUACAAAGACCUGCUCUAUUUGGUCGGUAAUAACUCGGUUUUGUACUGCUAUAACACGACUAGCCAUGAGAAUAACAGAAUGCACAUAAAUUCCGUUGGAAGCGUAGCUGUCGAUUGGAUAUCGAAAAAACUCUACUGGGCAAAUCCAAAUCAGCAAAUAAUAACCAGAGCGAACUUGGACGGAACUCAUCAAGAACCGAUGUCGAUACUGGCGAUUGUUAAGGAAUUAAUGAUAGACUCGUUAGAAGCUUACUUGUAUUGGUCGACUGGAUAUGCAGUCGAAGUAUCGAGACUCAAUGGCCAAGACAGAAGGUUCUAUUAUUCUGAUGAAAUAUUUAUUGGAAAGCAAGUAAUGGGUUUGACGUUGGAUACGGAGAACAAGUUUGUUUAUUGGAUUGUCAGGAGUUACGAAAGCGGAUCGAUACUCUACAAAGCGCCAACAUCUGAAAGAAUACGUUUGAAUGAGAAAAUUAUUCCGGAGCAGAAAUAUUUUGAAUUUCAGGUUUCGGCGUUACAAUAUCCCAACAUACAGGGGCCACUUUGUUACUUUUCGGAGCACUUGCUGUGGCUCCAAGAUGACAGGAAUGCAGUUAUCGGGGAUUUGUCUGGUCAAAAUACAGCCAUUAUCAACGGAAUUACUUUGUCUGGUCUGCAGAUGGUUGCUAUAAUGGAUCACGCACUUCACAAGUAUCCCAAAAAUUUAUCUGCAAACAGUAUUGUUGUAUUACCAUCUGCGGUAAGCAUGGACAGUAUUAGAGUGGAAGGUAAAUGGAACAAUUUCAACGUGUCAUGGAACCCCGUGAAGAAUAUAAACUACGGAACGGUGUUUUACGAGGUGAAAUUCGUGGAUUAUAUAAACAAGAAUACGAAUUCAGAAAUCACUAAGGAAACUACGAUACCUUAUCACAAUUCCGAGAGAUUUUCACCGUACGCCGUACUAGAAGUAACCAUAAAAGCGUUCACUUAUUGGGGAAUGUCUCAUAAUACAAGAAAAAUUCUGAGAUCUCCUCAAGCGAAACCUAGUCAGCCAACAAACGCAAGAGGAUUCGUUGAAUUUGACAAGAAACCACUUAGCGAUGAGACUAAUAUUUCUGCAGUUUUUAGGUGGGAUCCACCCGAUCAUCCCAACGGCUUGAUCCUGAUCUAUGCAAUCGACUGUUGGUAUAUGCUCGAAGGCAUAAAUAUAGACAUUUGCAACCGUCUCAACGUAAAUUCGACCAAGUUGGAAUACCGAUUGUAUCAAUUACUACCAAACACAACUUACUACUUCCGGGUACAGGCAUACACAGAAGUCGGUGGCGGAUGGUUCACCGACAUUGUGAAUAUAUCAACUGAAUACGAAAAUCCUGUGCCACAAAUAUUAGUAGCUACUCCAGAGGCUGUGAGAAUUUCAGAUUUGGAUAGACAAAUCAACGACACGAUAACUAGACAUGUCGCUAUUGAAGUAGACUACUCUGCGGUGGAAAAUAAAGUAUAUGGAAUAAACGAAAUGCAGGAGAUGAUGCUCGCAGACAUGGAUAGUCCAAAUGUAACGAAAAUUCUUAAAUUAAACAAUACCGCGUCCAGUUUAUGCGUCAAUUGGGUUACCAGGACCUUAUUUUGGACUGAAGUAGAGUACGGAGAAUCUAUGGGUAGCAAUAUUAUGCAACUGGAUUUAACAGCGUGGGAAGCGGGCUAUACAAUUGCCGAGAAAAUAAUAACCAGUAGGAAAGUUAUGUUGAAUUUGGAUAUAUCACCUCUGACAGGAACCUUGUAUUGGAUUGAGUUAGCUCAAGCCGGUCGUGGAGUAACGAUGCAAUCAAAUUUGAACGGAGAAAGUGUUCAGCAUUUCUUCAACCAAACUGAGGACUGCACAUGCCCUUAUGCGCCGAUUGUGAGACCGGUCAUGGCAGUCGACAACACGGACGCGUCUACUCCUGUAAUUUAUUGGGUCUCGUUGGAAGGCCACUUGAACAUUGCAGACACGGAUGGAUGUAUUUGCAAUACGGUUCUCGGUCCAGGUUUUAACAGAGGUUUACCACCGACGUCAUUGACGGUGGACAAGAUCAAUCUUUACUGGUCAAACGUGGAUAAGGACAGCGUUUAUUAUGUAGAAAAAAACAAUCCAGAUGACAGUAAAAUCAAGAUACUUUACUUGCAGAGCCCACGCAGUCUAAAAGCUAUUGGAAAAUCUUUGCAGCCUUAUCCAGUUGCCGAAUGCUUAGUUCCGAGAGAAGUAUCUGAUAAUAUUGAAGUUGUGAAAAAAUUUUCAAACUCUAUCAAGAUUAAGUUACCUGAACCGGUGCCUCACUUCGCAUGUGAGAAAUAUAAUCUUCCGGCAACCCUGUAUACCAUUUACGUUACCGAAUGCUCCAUGGUCGAUUCUACUAAGUGUAGCAACAGGGAAAAAAUGAAACUGAAAACUUUCAAGAAGGAAAUUGAAGUUGAGAAUCUCAAACCGUUUAGUAGAUACAUGUUUCAACUGAGUUUGAGCAACUACUAUAGUAACUUGGAGUCUUCCAGUCCCGAACUAAGCCAGGGAAUAAUAACAAUAACGGAGGCCGGAGCUCCAACAAGGCCAGAAAAUGUCGAAGUUGAAGCACUAACGCCAACGUUAGCGGCGGUUAGUUGGCUUCCCCCAAAAAUAUUGAAUGGAGCAGCUGUUCGCUAUGAAAUUCAUUGGAGAUCAGUCCAGCUUGUUAAUGGAAUGAGACACAACGGAGAACAGUCGAUUAAACAAACGGAGCAAUCUUCGGAUGGGAAACUAUCCGCGACGCUGCAGUCAUUAUUGCCAGGACAAGAUUACCUGAUAUGCGUUCGUGCUUACUCAACUUCCACUGCUAUUUACAACGAAAGCCUUUCACAAACCCUGAAAAUGUAUCCUGAACCAAACAAUUUGACGCUGACUGGUACCAGUGUCAACUCGAUGAACAUAUCGUGGUUGCCGAGUAAAAAUCUGACUAUUAUCUACAGUCUGCAGUACUCGAUUGUGGGAUCAGAUCAAUGGCAGACAGUUACCAGUCCGAUAGUUAAAAAUGACAAGGUGGAAUUCCACAUUCGUAAACUGCAACCGAAAACUUUCUACAGAUUUAGAUUGACGCUUAGGUAUCCAACUUAUAAGCAUAAUGUCAUCUGGCCUUCAGACGCGAGAUUUACUUUCCAAACGUCAGGUGAUGUUCCAAGCGCUCCCGGAACUCCGACGAUAACAAAGGUGCGUGGUCCAGUCUAUCAAGUUAAUUGGGAGCCUGCACACGCUCGUGGAUCUUCGAUCACGUUGUAUCGUCUGGAGGGAACCAUCUUAGAAAAUUCCGAAACUAUGGAUCAACAUCGCAACAAAACUAGCGAAUGGCGCCUCUACUAUAAUGGGACAGACACUUACUGGAUAAUCCCAGACGAAAUGGUGCAAAAGUACCAAUUUCGAGUUCAAGCAAAGAACGCGUAUGGCCUUGGAUCUUGGAGUAAAGCCAGCGCAGUAGUUGAUUUAAGUGAGGCUGGGAGCGGGAUAUUUGUUCCUCCGCAACACCUGGGAUUAAUACUGGGACUCAGUGUUCCUUUAGUCCUUGGGAUCAUGCUAUUAUGUUUUGGCUUUUUCCUUUGUCCAGUCUACCGGCAACGUAAAGAGGAUAAAAAAGCAGUAAUUCCACCAGCUGCGCCAGACGUUGAAUUAGCAACGCUGCGUGAAAUUCCACGGGGAAAUUUUAUGCAGUCAAACACGUUGUACGCAACUGCGCAGCAAGACGACCCGGACGAUUCUUCUUUGCCAAAGAUAAAACGGGAGCAAAUAACGUUGGCCAAAUUCCUGGGUAGCGGUGCGUUUGGAGAGGUUUUUCAAGGCAUUGCGAAGGACCUGGACGGUCCUGGAAUAACUGGAGUAGCUAUAAAGACUUUGAGAAAAGGGGCGUCUGCGCAAGAAAAGACUGAAUUUCUACGGGAGGCUCGACUGAUGAGUCCAUUCAGACAUAAGCAUGUUCUUCGACUCCUUGGAGUUUGCCUAGACACAGAUCCGCCGCUGCUGGUAUUGGAGCUGAUGAAGGCUGGGGAUCUGUUGACGUACUUGAGAGCCAGCCGCUGUCUGCAGCCAACAGAUCCCUGUGCUCUUCGUCUCCAAGAUCUUCUUGCUAUGUGCGAAGACGUCGCGAGGGGCUGCCAAUACCUGGAAGAACUUCAUUUUGUUCACAGGGACCUCGCUUGCAGGAAUUGCUUGGUAUCUGCCAGGGAUAGAGAAAACCGUGUGGUGAAAAUUGGAGACUUUGGACUUGCAAGAGACAUCUACAAAAACGAUUACUACCGCAAGGAGGGCGAAGGCCUACUGCCGGUACGGUGGAUGGCACCGGAGUCUCUAGUGGAUGGAGUAUUCACCUCUCAAAGCGACGUCUGGGCGUUUGGUGUUUUGAUGUGGGAAAUCACUUCCCUGGGCCAACAGCCGUACCCGGCAAGAACGAAUCUGGAAGUGCUAUACCACGUUAGAGCUGGCGGAAGACUGCCAAAGCCGCUAAAUUGUCCCACGGCGUUACACCAGUUGAUGCUGCGCUGCUGGAGCACGGCAGAUGCUAGACCCAGUUUUAAGGCUUGUCUAGAUCAUAUAAUAACGCUCAGAAGCAGAACAGAAGACGCUGCGAUCAGCCCUGCACAUGCUGGCCAUUACUUAUCCAAACAAGGCGUGUCUAACAUGGCUUACUUUGCUGAUGAGAAUCAAAAUCAUAACCACUCAGGCAACUCCUGGAAAUCUACAAGCUCCGAAGGCAGUAGGGACAUGCAGCCAUUCUUACCCGAUUCUUGUAACACAACGGCACUAUUAGCAUCCGGAGAAAUUCCAAAAUAUUUAGAAUUAAUAGCAGAUAACGACGUACCUGAUGUUAGAGAUACUCCAACUGGUGGCUAUGAAGUACCAAGGCCUGUACAGUGCCUGGAUAAAAAUGAAGUCCAAAAAGAAUGCAAAACUCCAGAAGUAUCAGAUCCACAAAACGAAAGCUCAAACUUGGAUCAUAAACAAUUGGAAGAUGCUGUAAAUCAAAGAAGAGAUUCGGCGAAUAACUUUGACUCGGGGGAACCAAAAAGGGCCUCCAUUUCAAGCACAGGAGAAAAAUUCUGCAUUACGAAUCAUGUUUCCAGAUGUAUAACCGCGAUGAACUCUCCGAGUUCCAUCGACAACAGUCGCAAGAGCGAAAAAGUCUCAACAGAAAUCAGAGGAUCGCUGAAUAGUUUGAGCGGUAGAAGCAGCAGCUCCCACGGCUCGUCUACAAGCUUGACUCCAUCUAGGCCAAGCUCGUCGUUAUUGAAUUCCCAGAAUACUUUGCCAUUGAAGAAGAAUGCGGCAACCAAGCAAAAAAAUCUCUCGAGUGAUACGAAUAGUGGAAAAAAUACAAUUUCAAAAUUAAACAGGACACAUUCAGUUCUGCUGAAAGCGAAUAUACCUUUAGCAAUAAAUAGUGCCUUACUGAAUUCUCUCAGGCAAACACCAGAUACCAGUGAAGAUGGAAAUGAGAUCGCUACCUAUACAAAUAUAAACUCUGAUGCGGUCAGAGUAAAUGGGUAAUAAUAAAAGGUGGUAUUUGAAAAAUUUGAUAAUAUAGUGUAGCUAUUUAGAGCCUCGACUGCCAUGAUUGAUUAUUUGUGUAAUACAUACUUUCGUUACUAUUAUGAUAAGUAAUCAAUAAGAAAUAUUGGAACAUGUUUUAAAACGCCGUACUCUGAAUUGAGGUAUAUAUGUGUUGUCGAAAGCUGAAGCAGAUGAUUGCGACGAUAUAUACGAAAUUGUUAAGUUUAAAUUUAGCAUAGACAACAAUUAUUAUACACAAAGUUGAAGGUUGAGAUAUUUUAUCAAGCUUUAAAAACAACGUAUAUUAAAGGCAAGUUAUGAUAUUGCUGUAAUUAAAUUAUUUCAACGUGCUGCUCAUAUGUUUAAACUGUGCCUUUUGAACGAUAAUAAUUAAGAUAUAAAUGAAUAAAUAUAAGCUAGCAUAAAUAAAAUUGUAAAUAAUUACAUUUGUAAAUCUUUCCUAAUAUGUCAUUAUUAGAUUUUCAUCUAUCACUUACACACAUGCUCAAGUAUUAAGCAUCUUCCCCAGUCAAUUUGAAUAAACUUGAAAACGAGUUUGCUUAAAAUAAUUAUUUCAUGUCUAAUUGUAGUUAUUUUUUGUCAUUUCCAUUUCAAAUAUCAUUUUGCAUAUAUGUAACAUUUAUAUUGUUCCUUGAUCAUUUGACACUAAUUUUAUUAUAUUGCAUAAGAAUGAAAGAAAGCAUUAUUACACGGAAUAUAAACGAUUAUGAUUGAACAAUGUAAUUACUUUUGUAAAUAUUACCUUGCGUCAAUAAAAAAGGCGCGCGUAUGUUAUUGUUUAAGAAAUAAAUAUCCAAAGAUUCGUGGGUCGGAAAGGGUGACUAAAAUUGCCCAAAUGUAUCCGAUACUUGGCCAAUAUACUUGACCACUAUCCGUCUACGUCCCAACGUGUAACGGAGGAAAUAACGAUGUAAAUAAAUAAAAUAACUGACAGUGAAAUUGAGAGGUAGCACAGAUUCGUGAAGUUUUAUAUUUUUAAUUUAUCCGAUUUUUUUUCUUUUUCACAUUGUAGUGUACAGGUUCAAUUUUGUACGUCAUGUCUUACAGUAUAGAACAUUACGAAGUUUGUGAAUCAGGAUUGACAAUAAAGUAAACAAUUCUGAAGAAA